CGAGACGCUUUUCUGAUUGGUCAAAACAGUGACCUAGAAAGGACUUGACCAAUCGGAAAACGCUGAGCAUUAAAACCUUUAUGGCGGCGACCAAGCGGGACACAGGCAUGUAAGGUCGUGCGUUGUUUCAAGGUUAGCAGGUAGAAUGCCGAUAAGUAUCUACUCCAAAGUUGGCUUUGCGGUAGCGGUCAGCGUGACUUUGCUCAGCAUUGCAGCGAGAUACUUCCGUCGUAGAACGAGACCAAACCCCGCACGCAGCCCCAGGGCUGCGGAGAAAGACUUUGUGGAGGCGUUGAGUCUGCAUGUCAGCACGAGUACCCCACGGGCCAGGAGUCCUGCUAAUGUGGAUGGAGGUGGGAAAGGAAGCCAUGUACGGACCAUCAGCACAGCAUCUGCAUCAAGUAACACGAGUAGACGCCACUCUCUCACGCGGUCCAGCCUGCACGGAUCGCUCACUUCCGUCCGCAGCGCCUGCUCGGAGAGGACCAUGCAGAUGGAACACAUCGACAUGGCACCUGCACAGAUCUUUCAGACAGGGUUGAAAGGUAUGCAGCACCUGGAACAUGCCAUCAGCUGCUGGGAGGAGAUAGCGACCAUGAGAGUAGAGGAAAGAGUCAUGGAGCUGGAGAGGGGGGAGGGGGCAGCUGGGGCUGAGGGUGCUGAUGAUACUGAGUUGGUCGAGCGAGUAGAAAGAUUACUCCAGAGAGCGUACAGACUACAGGAGGAUGGGAGAAACAUUCUCCUGGACCAUUCCAUAGCUAACCUGUCCCGAGACACGACCAUGACUGGUUUGGACGCCAUCUCCGAGCUGGACCAGCUGUACUUACAGGCAGACUGGCGCAGAGAUGAGACCUCCUCCACUGGCUCAUUUGUAUCCGCUGAAGAGGAGUCUCUUGUAGACAUGUUAGACUGGCUGUCCCCUGAGUGUGUUAGCCCCCCUUCUACAGAUGGUACUAGUACAUUCCAAGCUGAACAGUUGCAAGAGUUACAGGAUGACUAUGAGGAUGAGCUGGCAUCAGGAGAGAAGACCCCUAUUGUUCCUGUCACCUUAGAGCUGUAUGAGGCAGCACGGGGACUGUUACACAAUGAAGAGAUUCCCUGUCGGACACCAAGAACCGAAAUGUUGGACUGUCUCUCUAACAGAGAAUUCAUUGCAAAGCUCCACUGUGUUAGACAAGCAUUCCAGUUGUUAUUUGAGGAUGAGACGGUGAGACAGUGGAUGAUUGAGACAGGGAAGGAGAUGAUAUCAGAACUCAUGUGGAGAGCAGAGAAGGAUCCUAAGGACUUCCAGCAAGCCUUUGAAGACAUGUUGAGAUAUUGUGAAGACUCCAGCAACUGGGAGAGCAUGGCUGAGGAGCUGAGGGCCCGGGGGGUGAUGUGUUUAUCUUUCUAUGAUGUGGUGCUAGACUUUAUCCUAUUGGACGCAUUUGACGACCUGGCCAAUCCACCAUCCUCUGUCACAGCUGUGGUGCAGAAUAGAUGGCUGUCAAACGGAUUCAAGGAGACGGCACUGGCCACUGCAGUGUGGUCCGUACUCAAGGCAAAAAGGAGAAUGCUGCUGUAUCCUGACGGCUUUAUCGCACACUUCUACGGCAUCUCUGAGCACGUGAGUCCAGUCCUGGCCUGGGGAUUUCUGGGUACAGAUGAAGAGCUGAAGCAAUUGUGCUAUUUCUUCAAGGACCAGGUACAAGGCUUCAUCACAGAUGUUUUUGACUUUGAGAAGACUCGGUAUUCCUCUGUGCAAGAAAUGGCGGAUGACAUCAUGUUCCUGGCCAGACAGCGAAGAAGCAUUCUGCAGGAGAGACUAUCUAUAGCCUCCUCUUCACCGCACACCCCAGAACAUGUAAAUGGAGUCAUCAACUCAGUUGAGGAAGAGAAUAUUCAUGUGGAUGUAUCUCUUGAAUAUGUAGAGUAGCAUAUCAAUAAGGUUAUUGGAUAUUAGUAGAUCUAGUAAAUAUUCACGGUGGAUUUUUGUGUUCACAGAUUUUUGCGGGUGACCUCUUCACCGUAAGAUUGUCACAUCGUGGACAAUACAGAUUUUCUGUCAGUAAUGCAUUCUGUUUGUCCACCAUGAACUUAAAGCAAAACUUCUCCUUCCUGUCAAUGUAAAAUCAAGUCCCCUCAAACUUAAUUUACGACUUAUUGUAGUGGCUUACACUGAAAUGGUAAAAAAAUUGUUGGACACCCAUACAAGUAGUAGCAUGAUGGGCCGUGUUUAACAUUAUAAACAAUGCAAUUUUAUCAUCAAGAGAAGCUGUUUUUUAUUUUUUAUUACUGUUUUAUGUCUCAAUUUGCCAUUUGUAUGUUAAGGUAGUGUUUGCUGUAAUAUUUUGAAUAUAGUGACAAGUUUGAUAUUAUUUUCUUUGACUUGAUGUACACAUGUAGAUAACAUUGGAAAGAGACUUUGUGUAAAUACAUGCUGCAGAAGUGUUUAAACUGUUGAAGUGCAUUUCAUCAUGAAGAACCAACAUAAACAAGCUACACAUUAUACAGUAGAUAAUGUGGUAUGAAAAUAAAAGAAAAAGUGAAUUCAAAGAUGA